ACCCAAAGUUUUCCACUCUCCUUUAGGCAUUUUAAUUCGCAGCUCCGAAAAAUGGCAAGCCAACAACAUCUGCCGGCAGCUGCGAAGCAGAUUCGGAGGGAUAAAAGAACAUCAUCCGCACCACAAUCUGAUGAUAGUGCAUUGGUGAGGCAAAUCCGGGACACUCAUACUCCGGGAAGAUUCGACAGUCACAGCGUCGAUGUCAACCAAAUUCUCCAAGUCAUCGAGGAAAUAUUUCAUCGCACCCCUCAUGGCCAUGCUGGCGGUUUACUUGGUACUCCAGAACACUUGGAUACUGUCGAGGACAGGACCCCAUUGUCAAGUGUGGAUGUCUUGUUCCAUGGAUUGUCUUAUCUCAUACAAAAGAUCUACUGCGAGAUAACUUGCCAAUGCUCAGGCGGCGCUGAUGCGCACACGAGUGCAAUCGAGUUACUCAGGACCCUUUCGAGUUACCCAUGGGAAGCAAAAGUGGCGAUAACCCUAGCUGCAUAUUCUGUGUACUAUGGAGAGUUCUGGCUGGUGGUUCAGCUUUGCACUACCGAUUCAUUAGCCAAGUCCCUGGCCACCCUGAAGCAACUCUCGGACAUUGUAGAGCAUGCUGACUCGGUAAAACCUCAACUUGAGGCAAUCAACAACCUCAACAAGGCGAUUCUCAAUGUCACCAAGCGCAUUGUUGAGUACAGUGAGAUGGUCAAUAUGCAGUCUCAGUACGUUUCAGAAGACAAACCUCCGCUGUCAAUUGCCUUGGCGCAUAUUCCUGCUGCUGCGUAUUGGGUCAUUCGAGGCAUUCUGGCUAGUGCCUCCCAUAUUGCCAUCCUUACUGGCAGUAGGCUCGAGUACGUUGCAUCAACCACAGAGGUAUGGGAACUGUCAAGCUUGGCUCAUAAGCUGAACAACAUACACGAUCACCUCACGAACGAACUUGAAAAUUGUCGCCAACACAUUGUGGCGAAGAGAUAUGAUGAAGAAUAUGAGACUCUGAGACGGCUCUUCCAAAGCCUCCACCUUGAUAACCUGAGGAAUUUACGUGCACUGAUAUCACACAGGGAUGAUAUUCAACCUCUCCAAAUCGGCACAACCAAGUCGAGGUCUGGUCUUGAAGUGUUGAGGAGAAGGCAUGUGUUGCUGCUAAUUACAGAUCUUAGUCUGAGCAACGAAGAGAUUUUAAUCCUCGAUCACAUCUACAAAGAUAAGCAGAAAAGGCCGGAAGUUGAGUACGAGUUUGUUUGGAUCCCCAUGGUGGACACGAAUGUUUGGGAUGAAGCGAAGCGCUUGAGAUUCGAGGACUUGAAGUCAAGGAUGCAGUGGUACACAGUUUACGACCCUCAAAUCAUCGAACCCCCGGUUGUAAAGUUUAUCAGAAAUGAUUGGCAAUUUGACAAGAAGAUGAUCGUAGUGGCAUUGGAUCCACAAGGGAGGGUGUCCUCUCUGAAUGCCAUCCACAUGCUGUGGAUAUGGGGCAAUGUGGCCUUCCCUUUCACUGAUGAGAAAGAGCAACAGCUGUGGAAUGCAGAGAGCUGGAGGCUCGAGCUCGUUGCAGACGGCAUUGAUCAAAGCAUACUAGAAGGGAUAGAAAAGGGGACAUUCGUAUGCUUGUAUGGAAGCGAUGACUUGGAUUGGAUUCGAAAGUUCACAAACAAAGCGAAAAAUGUGGCAAAACUUGCUGGCAUCUCCUUGGACUUGGUUUACGUAGGAAGAAGCACCGCAACCAAGGAGAAGAUAAGGAAAGUGAACAAGACCAUUGAAACAGAGAACCUCAGUCGAUGCUGGCCUGAAUACACGUCAACCUGGUUCUUCUGGUCCCGAAUGGACAGCAUGCGGUGCUCAAAGGCGAAACACCACAAGACUCUAGACAAUGAUAACAUACUGAAGGAGGUUAUGACAUUGCUUAGCUACGACGGAAGUGACCAAGGUUGGGUUAUGGUGUGGAGAGGCUCGAAUGAGAGGGCUAGGGCCAAUGGACACCUCACUCUACUCACUUUGGAUGAAUUUGAUGCAUGGAAAGCCGCAGCUGCGGAAAAUGGCUUCGUCCCAACACUUCAAGAUCAACUCGGACGCCGUCACACGCCACAGCACUGCACUCGUUUGGUCAUCCCAGGGUUCGGUCCUGACAUACCGGACAGAAUAGCGUGCGCUGAGUGCGGCCUCGAGAUGGAGAAGUUCUUCAUGUUCCGCUGCUGUCUCGACUGAGGCAUGUUUAGUUAAACUUAUGCAUGAUAAUGCUGUUGUUAAUCAUGUUUUAUUACAUUAAUUAUGGCUCUUUCGUGAGAGAGCUAGAUGUUUUAGUGUGCAUUAAAAAUAAAUUUGCUAGUGUGAAGUUGUGAAAAUUGCUAGGACUCCAUAAGCACCUAGUCCUUUGCUGCUGAGUCUUUUGCUAAUUGGGUUUUGCUAUAAACCCUAAUUAAAUGUUGAAAAUGUUGCUUGAAUGA